CACAACAUCAUAGGACCUAUAAAUAAACUUUUUUUUUCCAUGAUUUCAUUGGAUGAAAUUCUUUGGAAUCGCAACAACAGGCUUUAGGGAAAGAACACACGCAUGUACUGAUUGUGUGAGACCAAAGUUUAAAGUAGGACAAUUUAGUGGAGCAAAGAAUAGUUGCUUAUGUCAAGACCUACUUCAGUUUAGUGGAUCAAAGAAUAGUUGCUUAGGUCAAGACCUACUUCAGUUCAGAAAGUAACAGAAAAACUUGUAUUGAUUCGUGGACAGACAUUAUUAGAUUGCCAAGAGAUCUGUGCCUCACCUCAAGCAGAAGUAUUGCAGGCUGGUCACGUGACAAGAACUAUCAUAUAACAUGUCAGGAUUAAUAAAACCCAAAGAAUUCGACUGGAAAGACUCCAAUUUGGCCCUUUUUGGCUCUGAAACUGAAACAACCGUGAAAAAGGACUCAGCACUCACUGAGCCGGCCUGGAAAGAUGCUGGGAAAAAAGUGGGUCUACAGAUAUGGAGGAUUGUGAAAUUUAAAGUUGUUGCCUGGCCUAAAGAGGACUAUGGGAAGUUUUAUGAAGGAGAUUCAUAUAUUGUUCUCAAUACUUACAAAGAAGAAGGUGGAGACCAGUUACUUUAUGAUGUUCAUUUUUGGAUUGGAAAAUAUAGCACACAAGAUGAAUACGGAACAGCAGCCUACAAAACUGUAGAGCUUGACACACUCUUAGAUGAUGUACCUAUUCAACAUCGUGAAGUCCAAGGCCAUGAGUCAAGUUUGUUCAGGUCUUAUUUUCCUAAGAUUGAAUUGUUGAAAGGUGGAGCAGACAGUGGUUUUAAACAUGUCAAACCAACAGAAUAUCGACCCAGAUUACUUCAUUUCCAUGGAGACAAAUAUGGAGUUCAUAUUAAAGAGAUAGCCCGUAAUCGUAGCCUAUUGGACAACUCAGAUGUCUAUAUUCUAGACAUGGGACUACGACUACUUCAAUGGAAUGGAAAAGGAAGCAAUAAGGAUGAAAGGUUUAAGGCACAAAGAUAUAUGCAAGGAAUUGUGGAAGAAAGACAUGGUAAACCAAAAGCAGAAGUGUUGGAUGAAGGAGCAGAAGAUGGUGACUUUUUACGUCAACUUAAUGAGCAGCAUGAAGAGGAGCAUGACUUUGUUGCAGCCGAUAGAACAGUAGAAUUGUUUAGAUUAUCAGAUGCCUCAGGUUCAUUAAAUUUUUCUAAGGAAAAAUCUGGAGUUGUCAGGAGAUCUGAUUUUGAUACAAAGGAUGUAUUUAUACUGGAUACAAAGUCUGAAGUUUUUGUUUGGAUUGGUAAAGAAACAACAGUUUCAGAGAAGAAAAAUGCAUUAUCUUAUGCUCAUUUAUAUCUCCAGAAAACAGAUCACCCUCUGGUUCCUGUCAGCUGCCUAAGUGAAGGUCGAGUUGUCAAAGCUUUUGAAGCAGCGAUCGCAGCCUAACUUAUUGGUUCCCAAUUCAAACAUAAUGUUAAUAAUAAGUUUGAAGAGUCAAGACUAGAAAGUACAAAUGAGCAACUUUUCUAUAACUUUUUAUCUCCUUUUACUCCCAUGCUUUGCUUAUAUUCAAAACAAGAAAUAUUUUUGUGAUUCAGUGCUUUUUGAAACGUUUUUAUCAAAUACUGUCAAUUUCAACUAAUCAGACCAGUCACUUAUUUGGACUAAAUCUUAAAAUACAGGAUUUGUUUAUGUGAUCUGGUAGGUUUUUAAGAUCAUGUUAGUGUCCUGAAGUGAUCCAAUUAAUCAGAAUUUAUCCUACAUAAAUAUAUAUAAACUAAAACUCAGCCUAUCAAAUAUUAAGUGUACUGUCACAAAGAGUAAUAAUACAAAAUACUAUUAAAACUAUCUUUUUUUUUUCAUUUUUGAUGGACAAGGGAAUAUCUAUAAAUUACAAUUAUUUAUUCUAUUUUUACUCUUCCAUUGUUAUCUGUUAUAAAAUGUUGAGCCUUUACAUUAAUUUGUCUCAUAUGGUGUUAUAAACUUAUUUUUAAAAUUCCCUUUAUAGAAUCUCAGUUACAGCAUUUAUACAAAUUUAUCAAAAAAUAUUUUAAUUUAUAUCACCCUAAAUGAUCACUUGAAAAUGAUCUGAUUUCAGUCAUGUGUUUUGUGUCAUAAAUAUGAUUGACAAAGUUUGAAUAUCAAUGUCAAGUUUGUUUAACUUUAGCUUUGAUCACUGCCUUACAUGUUCAUGUCACUUUUUAUAUAUAUAUAUAUAUAUAUAUUUGUUUUUAAUAAACAUAUCAAAAUAAUCAGUUAAA